CAUCCCAGUACAUAAAGCUCGAUGGAAUUGCGUAUCCCAGUCGCACCAGGUAGUGAGAGGCACCUACCAUUCUGGCCCGUGGUUUCCACCGGCCGGGUGGCUACCGGCCCCCGAUUCCCAACUGCCAGCUGAGUGCAUCUGUCCUGAGAAAAGAGAAGUGGACAAGGAAGAACCAUGAGCACGUUUUUCCUUCUACUGAGCUGCGUUACUUUCGCCUUUUUGAUUGUCUUAUGGAAAAAACGACAUCAGAGAAACACUGGUGAAACAUCAUCAAAUUCGACUUCUCUUGCACUAGUAAGAACUUCUCCUUCUUGGUCACCUAGGAGCAAUACUGAUAGUCUUUCAGUCAACAACCUCUCUCUGGAUAUCUUAAAUAAUUUCCCACACUCAAUAGCAAUACAGAAGCGAAUAUUGGUAAACCUCAGGAUCGUGGAAUACAAGCUGGCUGAAUUGGAACAUUUCCUAAUUAUCAAGGGCAUAACUGGUGCAUUACUUAAGCAGGAAUCCACUGAAAAGGUUACAAGAUGUAAUGACAGUGGAAGAAAUCAUUAAAGACACUUUGAGUGAAUUCAUUUGA